GCUGAGACUAGUGCAGAGUGGGCGAGUGAGCGACUGCGGUAUCUUGGCAGGAGCAUCAAUCAUAGGCUCGUCCACAUUUGUUUACCGUCGAAAUCAGCAGGCGACCCGAAAUAAACUCGAAAGGCGAUUGAACAUUAACGUUUUGGGAUCUUAGUUCACAUUUUUCCAAACCCGUUUUCAAGAUUUUUAAUGGAAAAUGGCGAUAUGCACUCCGUCUUGCAGCAUUGUCUGCUUGGUAUCUUUCCAGAUUAUCUUGAUUGUCAAUGUACAGUGGCCUGGCGCCGAUGGUCUCACGUUCCCCCAGCAAUACACAAUAAUGCACUGGGCCAGGCGCAUUGAGCAGGAGAUCGACAGAGUCUUCCAGCACAUCAGCGGAGCCCAGCAGCUAAAAGGGAUCUACAAUGAGAAAAGAAGGCAGUUCAGCCUGGUAAAGAAUUCUCCUUAUGAGAUGGUGGAGAAGGUAGCAUCAGACAUCGAGAAGCUACUGGCCAAGAAACGCAAAGCACUUGAUAGGCUGGCCAGUGAAGCAGAACGUGUCCAGCGAGACCAUCCCUGGCACGACAGCGUCAAGGAGUGGAACAUGACGUAUUACGAUUCCAAGGCAGAGCUAGACUAUCAGUACUCCCUGCAAGAUGGUGAUGGGGAAACAGUGAGCCCUCCACUACAGGUGGAGUUUGUGUAUGACCCUAACUUCAAAAAUAAGGUCAACUACUCCUUCACAGCCGUUCAGAUCCCCACAGACAUCUACAAAGGAGCCCCAGUGAUUCUAAAUGAGCUGAACUGGACCCAGGCGCUGGAGAAGGUGUUUAUGGAGAACAGUCAAGAGGAUCCUUCACUACUCUGGCAGGCGUUUGGUAGCGCCACUGGGGUCACUCGCUACUACCCAGCCACACCGUGGAGGGCCCCUGAUAAGAUCGACCUUUAUGAUGUGAGGAGAAGGCCAUGGUACAUCCAAGGGGCUUCAUCCCCCAAAGACAUGAUCAUACUCGUUGAUGUGAGUGGCAGUGUGAGCGGCCUCACUUUGAAGCUGAUCAAGUCAUCAGUGAUGGAGAUGCUGGACACUCUGUCUGAUGACGACUAUGUCAACGUGGCCAGGUUUAAUGAAAAGGCCGAGGCAGUGGUCCCUUGCUUCAAACACCUGGUCCAGGCCAACGUUCGCAACAAGAAGAUCUUCAAAGAGGCUGUAAAGCUCAUGCAAGCUAAAGGCACCACAGACUACAAGUCUGGUUUCCACUUUGCCUUCAAUCAGCUACUAAACAAGACGAAUGUCCCGCGAGCUCACUGCAAUAAAAUAAUCAUGCUGUUCACUGAUGGAGGAGAGGAUCGAGCUCAGGACAUCUUUGAGCAGUACAAUUGGCCCAACAAAACGGUGCGGGUCUUUACAUUCUCUGUGGGGCAGCACAACUAUGAUGUCACACCCUUGCAAUGGAUUGCGUGUGCCAAUAAAGGUUUCUAUUUUGAGAUCCGCUCCAUCUGUGCCAUAAGGAUUAACACCCAGGAGUACCUGGAUGUGCUGGGCCGCCCCAUGGUCCUGGCAGGCAGCCGUGCCAAGCAGGUUCAGUGGACCAAUGUCUAUCAGGAUGCCUUGGGUCUGGGACUUGUUUUUACUGGGACCAUGCCUGUUUUUAAUCUCACCGUGGAUGGAAACUCACAGAAUCAGCUCAUAUUAGGUGUCAUGGGGGUGGACGUGCAUCUGGACGAAAUCAAAAAGCUGACGCCCCGAUACAACCUUGGAGCCAAUGGGUACAUAUACGCCAUCGACCCAAAUGGAUACCUUCUCCUGCAUCCAAACCUUCACCCAAAGCUGCUCGACCUACCAGAGCCUGUAACACUUGACUUCCUGGAUGCUGAGGUGGAGGACAGUUCCAAACAGGAAAUCCGCAAACAUAUGAUUGAUGGCAGACCGGGUGACAUGCAGAUUAAGACGCUUGUAAAAUCAAUUGAUGAGCGAUACAUAGAUGAGGGAGUUCGGAGUUACACCUGGACACCCAUCAAUGGUACAGACUACAGUCUGGGCCUGGUACUGCCGCCCUACGGUGAAUACUACAUCCAGGCAGACCUGAGUGAUGUGAUGCUGCAGCUCCAGUAUCUGCAAUCUUUGCUGCCCAGCUCCUUUGAAUCAGGGGGACACGUGUUCCUGGCUCCCAGGGAAUACUGCAAGCGUCUGCACAUCUCUGACAACAACACACAGUUCCUAGAGAACUUCCUAUCUCUCAUGGUGGAGAUCACACCAGAAUCUGAAGACUGUGAUCAAGGCCUCAUUCACAAUCUGAUCUUGGAUUCUGGAAUCAUCUGGCAGCUAGCAUCUAGAGUGUGGAAGAACAAGGAUAUCCAAACGUAUGGUUUCCUGGCAUUAUUUGCAGCCACAGAUGGAGGUGUAACCCGGGUCUUCCCCAACUCGGCUGCUGAGUCGUGGGAUGAGGACCCUGAGCCCUUCAACUCUAACUACUACCGCCGCAGCCUUGACAACAAGGGCUAUAUGUUCAGAGCUCCACCCAGAGCCUCCAUGGAUGAUCCGGUGACCUCUGAGAACGGCACCAUCGGAAUCCUGGUCAGCACUGCCGUGGAAGUCAACCUGGGAGGCAAGAACCUGAAACCGGCAGUGGUGGGGGUGAAGCUAGACUUGGAAGCAUGGGUAGACAAGUUCAAGAUCUUGGCCAGCAAUGUGUCUGACAGUCGUCAGGGCUCGCAAAAGUGUGGGCCAUCCAGAAGUUGUGAGAUGGACUGCGAAGUCAACACUGAUGACUUACUCUGCUAUCUGAUUGACGAUGGUGGCUUCCUGGUGAUGUCCAACCAGAGGGAUCACUGGAAAAAGGUGGGCCUUUUCUUUGGUGAUGUGGACCCCUAUCUUAUGCACGCGCUGUAUAACAACUCCAUCUAUGCCCGCCGGCAGUCUUUUCAGUACCAGUCAGCAUGUGAGCCAGUCAGCAGCAGCCACACAGGGGCAGCACCCAGGGGCAUCUUUGUGCCCUCCAUCGCAGACAUGCUCAGUCUGGCCUGGUGGACAUCGGCGGCAGCAUGGUCUGUAGUCCAGCAGCUGCUCUAUGGACUGGCCUACAACAGUUGGCUCUACACAGGUGAUGUUCUGGCAGAUGGGUUUGACCAGAAGGAGAGCAGCUGUGUGACCAUCCAAAGCCAGUUCUACUUCACCAACACCACCAACUCAUACAAUGUGCUGCAGGACUGUGGGAACUGCUCCAGGUUAUUUCAUGCUAAGAGGAUAGAGAACACCAACCUGUUGUUUGUGGUGGCUGAGACACUGCCCUGUAGCUCCUGUGAGAUUGAGAGACUGACCCAGGUCAAAACGGAGUUCCAGGAGGAGGAUCCCUGUGAGGUGUUGAACUCUGCACGCUACCGGAGAGGCCCGACCGAAUGCUGGGACUACAACAUUUGGGAGAACACAUCGGAGUGUGGGAGAGGCCAUUCCCUACAAUCUUCAAUAGGAAUCCUUUUCUCUAUCCAGCUGAUCCUGACUCUUCUCUCUCUCUGACACCUGGACUAGACCAUUACCACAGUCAUCAUCCACUAUCUCCUGACAUCCAUUAUCUUACUCUUCCCUUUGUUCUUCAACAUUUCUUUAUCCACUUCUGGUCGGGGAUUGACCUCUGCCAAAACAGUUUUUUUUUCUCAUAAUUCCAAUUUCCUCUUUCCUCUCCCUUUCUCUAGUGUGAUUUCCCUUAAUCUCUCUCUCUGCAUUGCCAUUGCAUGUCUCAUAUGACAGGCCACUUGAAAAGAAGAGAGAUUCUCUUAUUUUGAUGACAGUAAAUUGCCCCAAGUGUGAGAUAUGGAUUUUUUUUUAAAUCAUCCAUAUCCUUUAAAAAAAAUCACUUCAUUUGAAUGUGUGAUAAAGGGAUGUUAUGACAAAUAUUUUAUUGACUUAGAUGUUAGUUAGCAUCAAUGCUAAAUAUGUUCUAAAAGUGCUUCCAAAAGCCAAAUAAGAAGUGAUUGAGAGAUUUUAAAAAACAACAACACUGUAACAAAAGUACAGUGGACCGUUGCUAUCAACUGAUACAGUACAUUUUGUUUUUGUGAAUUUUACAUGAACAUAUAGUAAAUAUAUAAAUAAAAAAAUGCGUAAAAUAUAUUCCAAAGAUGUAUUUUUGUUCAUAUAUAUAUAUAUAUAUAUAUACACACAGUACCAGUCAAAAUUUGACACACCUACUCAUUCCAGGGUUUUUCUUUAUUUUUACUAUUUUCUACACUGAAGAAUAAAGUAGCCA